AUGCAGUUCCUUAACCUCGCCGUCGCCACUGCCGUUCUUGCUGCCCUUGCUGGCGCCGCUCCCCUUCCUCAGGACGAAGCCCCCACCGGCACCUUCUCAGGAAUGCCUUCCGGCGUUGCCCCCACUGGCAGCUUCCCAUCAGGAGCUGCUCCAUCCGGCGGAAUGGGAGGCGGUAUGGGCGGUGGCCCACAACCAUCAGGUGCCAUGCCCUCUGGCGCUAUGCCAUCCGGUGCCGCUCCUUCGGGCGGUAUGGGCGGUGGUAUGGGAGGCGGAAUGGGCGGUGGCCCAAGACCAUCAGGUGCCAUGCCCUCCGGUGCUAUGCCCUCUGGUGCUGCUCCCUCAGGUGGAAUGGGCGGUGUCUUCCCCUCUGACGGUGCCAUCCCCACUGGUGGAGCCGGUGCCGCACCCACUGGUACUGGUGUCGCCGCUGGAAUCGCCGCUGUCUCUGGGACUGAUGUUGCCUUCCCUACUGCCUUCCCAACUGAGGUUCCUAGUGGCUUCCCUACGGCCUUCCCAAGCGGUUUCUUGACUGCUUUCCCAACUGGGGUCUUCCCUGCCUCUGGUUCUGCGGCCCCUACUGGUGGUGCUGGCUUCGGCGGUCACCAAGGUCACGGUCACCACAGUGGAAUGCCCUCUGGUGCUAUGCCCUCUGGUGCUAUGCCCUCUGGUGCCGCUCCUUCAGGUGGUGCUUUCCCAUCCGGCGGUGCUUUCCCAUCAGGCGGUGAUGCGUUCCCCUCUGGUGCCAUGCCAACCGGCGCUGCUCCUUCAGGCGCUAUGCCUUCCGGUGCUGCUCCUUCUGGCACCGUCUAA